AUGAAGUGGAUGGAUGAAAUCAAUGAGGAUAUCAAGAACAGUGGUCAUGAUGAGAAGGAACAAUGGAGGAAGCAUUCAAUUUACAAAAUACCCUCCCAAGUCACGGAUUUGAACAAAAAAGCCUACAAACCACGGGCAAUUUCCUUUGGUCCUUACCAUUAUGGAGAGGAGAGUUUAAAGGCUAUGGAAGCACAAAAGCAAAGAGCCCUUGUUCAUUUCUUAAAGAGGUGUAAAAAACCUAUUGAAUUUCUCUUCCAAUGUAUGGAUCAAGUGGCUGACGAGUUGAAAGACUCGUACAUGCCACUUGAUAAUGAUUGGAAAAAUGACACCCCGAAAUUCCUUCGAAUGAUGAUUCUUGAUGGUUGUUUUAUUUUGGAGAUUUUGAGAGUUAAUGAUCCUGAAAUUUCGGUUGUCGACUAUGAUGAGAAUGAUAUUGUGUUUGGUAAACACGGGAAAGUACAUGUGUUGCCAUAUGUCAAGCGUGAUAUGCUCAUGCUUGAGAAUCAAAUACCUAUGAAAGUUCUUCAUAUAUUGACCAAGGUUGAAACCGGGGUUGAUGAGGAAGAUGAUUAUGAGUUAAACACGAAAAUCAUAAAGUUGUUAAACCCAAUAUUCAUAGAAGAUACCUCCUCGAACGAGAAAAUCAAAGAGUUGGGGAAAUGCAUGCAUGUCUUGGACUUGUAUAGAAAGAGUCUAAUACUAGAAGAACCAAGCUACCCACCACCACCACCCAAGCCCCAAAAAGGCAAAGAAAAUUGUUUAUGUUUAGAGGCAGGAGAAAUAGAUCAUGUCAUUCGAUCCGCAAUCGAGCUCCAAGAGGCUGGAAUACGUUUCAAAAAAAGCAAAACAAGGAGUCUAAAAGAUUUCUCCUUCAAUCGGGGUGUUCUUUGGCUCCCGGCCUUGAAAUUAGACGAUGGCACAGAAUACAUGUUCCUUAACCUCAUUGCCUUCGAGCGUAUCCACGUUGGUGCAGGUAACGAGAUAACAUCGUUUAUAUUCUUAAUGGACACUAUCAUCGACAGUGCUAUGGAUGUUCCAAUUCUUAGCCGAAGUGGGAUCCUGAUCAAUGCUCUUGGGAAUGACAAAGUUGUUGCCAAAUUGUUCAACUCGAUGUCCAAAGAAAUCCCCGUAGAACGAGGUGGACAUCUUGAUAUUGUGCGGAAUAGUAUGAAUCGAUAUUGUAAGAAACCGUGGAAAAAUUGGCAUGCUAGUCUCAUUCAUACUUAUUUUAGGAACCCUUGGGCUAUAGUGUCGCUUGUUGCUGCUAUCUUUCUUUUUGCUCUUACUAUCAUUCAAACUAUAUACACGGUUCGCCAAUUUUAUCAAAACCCAAACCCAAGUCCAAGCCCGACUAAGUCACCUAGUUUUCCGGUUACUCCGAGGCGUCGUCCAUAA